AUGUCCCGUGAUAGUUUCCUGGCAUUUGACAGGUAUUUCAACGCCUUCAACCGAAGGGCCAUACCCCAGAAUAACCCCAAUCGUCUCAUCUUAGUCCACCCAGUGUUGGAGUACAUUCGUGAACGGUGCCAGUCUCUCGUGGUUCCUGGCAAGAACCUUUCUUUGGAUGAGGGGAUGAUGCCUUAUAAAGGACAUCUGAGAAUAAAAGUGUACAACCCCAAGAAGCCAAAGAAAUGUGAUUCCUACUUCUCGUCGGAUACUGUGUGUCUGCUACAGCCAGGGGAUCACACACUGGAGCUCCUAGAAGGGUGCAGGCAGAAACGGUGCUGGGUGUGCCAUAUGAAUGGCAGAAGGAGAGACACCCGGUACUUCUGUCGCACCUGCAAUAUAGCUCUUUGCAGGUUCGGGGAGUGUGACCGCAAGUACCACACUGUGGUCAUAUAUUGGAAUGCGCCUGCCCUCGUCAUGUCGAGAGGAAAAAAAUGCAAGACUCCUCAAUGGAGGAGGGAGAGAACAAGAAUAGAACGAAGAGUCAGGAUUAUGAAUUCUGGAGUUACCAACUGCCUCUUCAGCAACACGACUAUUCCCCUGGGGAAGCUUUCAGAAGCAGACUCUGCCUACACUUGGGUUCACAAUGCCACAAAUGCCACUAACACGGAGGCAAGCAGUUCCACUACAAGUGACUCAACAACCACUACAGCUACACCUGGGCCAACUCCAACCAGUACCUCUGUGGGCACUACCAGUCUUGUAACAACCACACCAACAAUGACAACAACUCCUUCAACAACUGCCACAAAUACCACUAACACGGAGGCAAGCAGUUCCACUAUAAGUGAGGUAGCCACAACUACAAGUACACCUGGUUCUACUACAACCAGUUCCUUCGUGGCCACUACCACUCCUGUAACAACAACACAAACCACUACAACCACUCCUUCAACAACUGCUACUGUUACCAAUGACACAGAAACAACUAGUUCCACUACAAGUGAGGGAACCACAACUACAGCUACAACUAGUUCCACUACAAGUGAAGUAACCACCACUACAGCUACAACAUCAGCGACAACUACAGCCAGCACCUGUUUGGCAACAACCAUUUCUGUAGCACCAACUCCUCCAACAACUAACACAGCAACUGGACCCAUAAGUUGCGACAGUAACUGGAUAGCAAACGGAACUUCUUGCUACUUCUUCAGCACUGACACAGCAAACUGGAAUACAUCCAAGCAAAGGUGCAUCAAUAUGAACAGCACUUUGGCAAUGAUCACCAGUGAUCAAGAACACGACUUUAUUUUCGAUAAGGUUGUAACUGAUGCAUGGAUUGGGUUGUAUUCCCCAUACUCGAACAGGACGUAUUUGUGGAUUGACGGCACCAUACCAAAUUUAUGCAAUUGA